AUGAAAGCUGAAUUCAAUGACCCGGACAACACAAACUUCAUCGUGGGUGUGAGACUGCGUGCACGAAGUGAAGAUCAGAUAGACGAUUCUAUCCUGGAGUCUGACGAGUUGCUUCCCGGACUACUCCUGCCUAUUUUGACAGAUAGUAUUCCUGGAACCCCCGAACCUUCUUCGGCAAGACCAGCUACCAAGUACAGCAAGGAAGAGAGUGAAAAAGAAGAUGCGGGCCUUGAAGCAUCUUUGCUUUUCAUGAAGAAGAUUUCCAAAGACUCCAAGGUGCAGGCUAGACCGAAGACCUUCCUUACGAAAGCUGAGCAGAUGGCUUAUGGUGGCUACAACGUGGAGACUGAGUACGGCCGAAGAAAAUGGCAGAUCACGACCAUCGAAAGCAUGCUGUCAGUCAUCCGACCUGUGAGUCGAAAGGAUGGUGUGGAUGAGGCGCAAUUCAUCUCACCGGAGGCUGCCGAGAACCUCUACCAAGCCCACCAAGCCGCUCAUCACACCGCUGAGAGCCAGCUGGAAUCUUCAUCGGUCACAAAAGAACACUUCAUCUUACAGAAUGCAUUCGGUGGAACGCCAGCACGAUCAGGACCCCCUGUUGACAUCUGCCUGAACCUCUUGCUUUGUGAGCACGUCUGGGAAUCUCUACAAAGUGCGACUUCUUUGCUUAUCAGAUCAACGGUGCAGUUGGCCUCUUGA